AUGCUUUUCGAGUAUGGCGUUGAUCGUGUAAUGCGUGAACCACAUGGUAUUUACCGCCUCCGUCACUAUCAUGCUGAUGUUGGACCAGACGACUACUGCCGCUAUUCUCGGAGAAUUUACAUCGGACCAGUUUCUCCUGAAGUCACAUUAGGUGCUCUGAAAGACUUCUUCUCGACCUACGGACCUGUGGCAGUGAAAUGGCUUCGCAGGCCUCGGUACAUCUCUAGCAGACCUAUUGCAGGUAGCGCAUAUGCGGUAUUUGAAUCUUCUAGAAGCGUCAGAAGUGCUCUUGAUAACACUAGAUUAUUCGACAGUGACCGUGCGGUUGCACACAUUCCUGGUAGUGGAGGCCUUGUUGAUAUGAUAUAUUAUGAGCCAUGGGUUGUUGGCCAAGAAACCUACAUAACGUUUACAGGUGGUGAAAAGCUUACGGACUACGCGAACUACAUUGUUCGCAUCGUUGAUCUUCCACAUGGACUCGAUGCCAACAGCUCACGGUGCUUUGGCCUCACAAUGGAUUAUACUCGGAUCUUGGUUGAUGAUGAUACUAAAUUUCCGACCGGUAUCGCAUGCGUCGUAUUCCGAUCACGCGAGUCUUACCUGGCAGCACUCAUGAAGAACCCCUGCGAGUGCCCCGCAGCACCACAUCCAACAUUUAUCAGAGGGGAGCAGGAGACGCGCUCACCACCUCCGCUCGAAGUACGCCGUUCGUCAGGUCUUCGCGAUUCGGUCAGUAUAGCAAUUCAACCUGGAACGUCUAUUCGGGAAUCUGAGGAAACGGACCCGUCGCUACGUAUACAGAGUAUCGGUGAACCAUUGGUAAGCCGGCGUGGUAGCGCCGCAGACGGAAGUCGAAAUAGCAAUUCACCAUAUUUAUCUCGUCCAACGCAAAGCAUGCCGAGUACUGAUCCAGUUGCUUCCUUCAUGAGGGCUUUAGUGAAUAAGAUCUUCGCGAACCCUCCACCACGGAGGGACAGAAGGCAAGAAGUAGUGAUAUCCGAACGAAAUAACGCCCCGGCUACGUCGCUACGUAUACAGAGUAUCGGUGAACCAUUGGUAAGCCGGCGUGGUAGCGCCGCAGACGGAAGUCGAAAUAGCAAUUCACCAUAUUUAUCUCGUCCAACGCAAAGCAUGCCGAGUACUGAUCCAGUUGCUUCCUUCAUGAGGGCUUUAGUGAAUAAGAUCUUCGCGAACCCUCCACCACGGAGGGACAGAAGGCAAGAAGUAGUGAUAUCCGAACGAAAUAACGCCCCGGCUACGGAUCAUCGAGUCGUGCUAAAUAAUCGCUGCCAUCUACAUGGAAUUGUGCAUGAUCACGUGUGGGCUCGAAAGGAUCGUUCAUCAAGAGGUGUACACGGUAGCGGUGCGAAAUGUCAAUUACGCAGUCGUUGCGAGGAAGGAGUAGAUGUUCGCAGCCUUCCCCCAAAACCUCGUAUUCUUCCAGAAAAUUGGGGAGACAGAAAUCGAACAAGCCACAGGAACAAUAUUCAAGUGCUUCACCAUCUUGAUCCGCAUUUGUUGGCGUCAGUUCUGAACAAGCAAAAGAAAGAGAAGUACAGUAAGCUGAGCAAAACUAUACUGCCCGCGAAGACACGUACAAAACGAUGGCGAAGGAGCGCAGAACGAGGUGCUCUAUUCAAGCAGAGACGUCAACAAUACAUACGACAGUUGGAAGCGCAGUGUUCGGCUGUCCACACGUUCUAA